UUUUGUAAUAAUGGGAAGAACACCUUGUUGUGAAAAAGUAGGUAUCAAGAGAGGCAGAUGGACUGCAGAAGAAGAUCAAAUUCUCACUAAUUAUAUUCUUUCUAAUGGAGAAGGCUCUUGGAGGUCAUUACCCAAAAAUGCUGGAUUACUGAGAUGUGGAAAGAGUUGUAGACUAAGAUGGAUUAAUUAUUUGAGGUCUGACCUCAAGAGAGGGAACAUUACUUCUCAAGAGGAAGAUAUAAUCAUAAAGUUACAUUCAACUUUGGGUAACAGGUGGUCUCUAAUAGCGGGACAUUUAUCAGGUAGAACAGACAAUGAGAUUAAAAAUUAUUGGAACUCUCAUCUAAGUCGAAAAGUUGAUAGCUUAAGGAUACCAAGCGAUGAGAAGUUGCCUAAAGCUGUAGUUGAUUUGGCUAAAAAGGGUACAUUGAGGCCAAUUAAACAAUGUAGAAAAUCAUCGAUUAAUCAAUCAAAAAAUAAAAAGUCAAACUUAUUAGAAGCUAAAGAAAAUAGUACUUGUGGACCUUUGAGUGGAAUUGUUCCUAUGCCUUCUACACCAAACAUGGAAAAAGAAGCAUUGUGUAGUGCAAAUAUGCCAGCUUGUGAUAGUACCAUGGAAUUAAUGCAAGAAGAUGUAGCAAAGGUAGAGGUGCCAAAUUCUUGGGCAGGGUCUAUAAAGGCCAAGGGAAGCCUUAGUUCAGAUAAUGGUAUGGAAUGGCCAAGACUCGAGGAGAUUAUGCCAAACGUGGUGAUUGAUGAUGAAGAUAUGAACCCAAAUUUCAUUUUGAAUUGUUUAGAAGAAGAAGUAAUGAGCAAUAAUGCAGGGAAUAAUUAUUCAUGUAUCGACGAAGGAAAUAAAAACGUAUCAAGCGAUGAUGAAAAAAGCAAAUUAUUAAUGGAUUGGCAAGAUGAUUAUGAAUUAGUAUGGCCAACACCACCAUGGGAAUUAGAAACAGACAUAAUUCCUAGUUGGCCACAAUGGGACGAUACUGACACUGAUUUGCUUCAAAAUUGCAUCAAUAAUAAUUAUGAAGAAGCAACAACAAUGGAAAUUAAUAACCAAAAUCAUAGUGCCAUUGUCUCUUGGCUUUUGUCUUAG